AUGGUUCGUCCCAAGAACCACACGUAUAACUUUCCCAAAAAGCACAGAUUCCUAAUUGUUUUCUCCGCUUUGGGGAUUUUCCUUUAUUUUGUAAUAAUCUUUAACAAUCAAGGUGCCGGUUGUUUCAUUGACUGUGAUGGUGAAAGUUCCAUCACCAAUUCCUCGGACGAAAAAUUCAUGACCUACUUGCCUCACAGCGGAUUCCAUAAUCAACGUAUCUCACUAGAGAAUGCUAUAUUUAUCGCCUGGUACCUAAAUAGAACUCUAGUGAUUCCGCCAAUAUUUUAUUUCAAUGAAAUUCUUCCGUUUGGAAAGAGACCGUUCGAUAGGCUCUAUUCCUUACUCUCUAAAUUAACUCCGAAAAAAAACACAUAUCUACACUGUAAAUCAAAUGGUAGAAAAAAGAAAUGCACAAAAGUAACUUAUACAUUGUAUAACUGGGAAGAGCUAAUGGAUUUUAGGUUCGUAAAACGGAAUGUGCGAAUUAUUCAUCGCGCGGACUUUCAUUAUGAACAUUUGUUGCAAAGCCUAAAAAUUUCCCCGGGUGAUAAGGGACAA